CACCCAAUGACCCAAAAAGAAAAUAAUAAUAAUCCAUUCAAUUUCUGAUCUCAACCAUCCAAGUUCUUCUUUAAUCCUGUCAUUUUCUUCUUCAACUUGGAUCAUAAAAGAAGCUAUUUUGAAUCAUUUGAUCAGGUCUAUGGUCUUUUUUCAUUUCUCUAUAUAAGUUCUUUUUGCUCAUUGACACAGAAGCAUCUCACUUUCAAUAGCUGAUACUGAAGGUUUCAUACAACGCAUGUGCUUCUGAUACAUCUGUUUAUUUCUUAAAGGCAGAAGAGCUUAGGAGAGACUGUUCUAACUUCCAUUUUAACUUCCAAAUGGAGUACUCAAAUGACCGCGUCUUUGAAUUCAAUGUAAAGCAAGGAGAACCAGCUCUGGUUCCUCCUACAGAGGAAACAGAGAAGGGUUUGUAUUUCCUUUCAAAUCUCGACCAGAACAUCGCUGUGAUUGUCCGAACCGUCUACUGUUUCGAGGCCGGUGUCAAAGGGAAUGAAAGUGCAGCUGAAGUUAUCAAGGAUGCAUUGGCAAAGGUUCUUGUACACUACUAUCCACUGGCGGGCCGCCUUACAAUCAGCUCAGAAGGAAAGCUGAUUGUGGAUUGCACGGGCGAAGGAGCCGUCUUAGUUGAGGCGGAUGCAGAUUGUACAAUGGAUAUGAUCGGAGAUAUAGCGAAGCCCGAUCCCAUCACUCUUGGGAAGCUUGUUUACAACAUUCCUGGUGCCAAGAACAUACUGGACAUACCUCCUCUGGUGGCACAGGUGACUAGAUUCAAGUGUGGAGGAUUUGUUCUUGGGCUAGCCUUGAACCACUGCAUGUUUGAUGGGCUCGGCGCAAUGGAGUUUGUGAACUCAUGGGCGGAAACCGCUCGUGGCUUGCCAUUAACCGUCCCUCCGUUCCUAGAUCGAAACAUCCUCAAAUCAAGGGUCCCACCCAAAAUAGACUUCCCCCACCAUGAAUUUGCAGAGAUCAAGGGCAUAUCCAAUGUUGUUGAUAUCGACAAUGAUGAGAUGCUCUACCGGUCCUUCUGUUUUGACCCCAAAAAGCUCGAACACCUCAAACGAAAAGCCAUGGCUGACGAGGCCCUUGACAAGUGCACCACAUUCGAAGCGCUCUCUGGAUUUGUGUGGAGAGCUCGAACCCAGGCGUUACAGAUGCACCCUGAUCAACAGACAAAGCUCCUCUUCGCAGUUGAUGGACGAUCAAGAUUCAACCCGCCGCUACCAAAAGGAUACUUUGGCAAUGGAAUAGUACUAACCAAUUCAUUAUGCAAUGUGGGCCAGUUGAUACAUAAUCCACUGUCAUUUUCAGUUGGGUUAGUUCAAAAGGCGGUUAAGAUGGUCACGGAUGAUUACAUGAGAUCGGCCAUUGAUUACUUCGAAGUGACAAGAGAUCGGCCUUCUCUAAACGCAACGCUUCUUAUAACUACUUGGUCUAGGCUGUCUUUCCAUAAUUCAGAUUUUGGGUGGGGAGAGCCAAUGCAGUCGGGCCCGGUCACUCUGCCUGAGAAGGAAGUUAUCCUGUUUCUAUCACACGGGAAAGAGGAGAAAAGCAUUAAUGUGCUGCUGGGUCUGCCUGCUACAGCUAUGCCUAUCUUCGAAGAACUGAUGCAGAUAUAAAAGGAAAAUUAGUAUGUGUGUUUAGUUGGUAUAUCUCUAGAAGAGGAAUGCUAAUUCUACAAGUCCACAUCAAGCCAUACACUAUGUGAGCCCAACCAUGUCGAUGCCCUUAGAUGAAAACUAAGCCAGUCUGAUCAUCAGGUGGGCCGCACAUGUACAUUGAGUACGACCAUGGAAGAUCUCUUUCUUAACUGCCUGUUCUUUCUGUACACAUAGGCCGACCUGAUGGUUCGACCAGACUGAUUUUCAGGGCCAGGGCAUAAACAGCAGGGCCCACCAGUAAGUUGCACAUGUGGGCUAUGCCGGCACAUGUGUGCGCAGCAUGUGGUUGUGUGGGUAGAAUUAACAGAUCUCUCCUUAGAGUUAUAGUUGGAUAUUGCAAGCUCUUUGUGUGUAGAUUAGAUGCUUUGUUGCUCAUAAGAAUUCUUUUAGACCCAAAUGCACUUCAUAUAGAAGUACUGUUUGGAUCUGUAUUUCAUGUUUUUUAAUAUAUUCAAGAAGUUCUGUGGUGGAAACUUGAGUUAAACAACACUAGGUG